AUGGAUACACCGCGGGAGGAGCAGAAGCGUAAUGACGAAACAAUGCACGCGCAGAGACCGAGCGAGAGGCUACCUGACAGGACAACUCCCACGGGCCCAACGGAUACACCCGUAAGCGCCUCCCCGGUAAACACCCAGACAGCGGCUGAGAGAGAGCCCCAAAAGGAUCAGAAGCCCCGACAACAAUACCCUUCCCCCACCGUCGGGAAGAGCUAUCUUCCCAGCAAGGGUCACUCCGACCCGGCGUCCCCCCCGCGAAUCACAAAAUCGCACCAUCCCUCACACCGACGCACAACACACAACACCACCAUCAAGAAACCCGCGGGGAGAGGCCACCCCCUCACACAGGGCACGGCCGGGGGUGGGCGGGGGGGGGGGGGGGGGACACACCGCCCCCCUUGCCUAUCCAACCCCACCAACGGCACAGCUAACCAGCUACCGCCGACCCCUAACCCAACGAGUGAACGAGGAGGGCCAUCAACCUGUAACGGGGGGGCGCGAAUGCCAAUACUUCCAACCCAGUCACAAACUACUCACCUGCAAACACCUAUCCAGGACACGUCCCCCCUUGCUACCCCCACCCCCCACUCACCGUGCGCAGGUCAAAAACCCAGCCCGACUGGCGGUGGACCGGCCCAGAACGCACGUCAGGACAACCCCGAUGCGAAAAACAUCAAUACGCGCAACAAUAGAACGACGUACCCCCAGCUCUCACCGAGAGAGAGCCCAGAAUCAACACUGGAUCCUGUAUCACAGGACAACCCAAUGAGGCACACAAGGGUCACCGCACCGCGAUACCGACGAACUCUACGCCCGACGAACGCACCACAGAACAAGCAUAACGAACGUUCGCCGAAGACGCCAGCCGCACCCCUGCACAACAUAAAGCCAGAAUCCAGCACAGUACCCGGCGGCGGCGCACCAACCCCGAUGACACACACCAAACAAAGCAGCCCCACAACCACCUAA